AUGGCAUUCCCGCCCACCGCCAUGCGGCCUCUGCCAGGUGGCACUACACUCGUGUCGGCGCAACCACCAGCUCCAGCGGCUGCUGCGGUCAUGACCACCGAGUCCUUUGACGCUCCCGAAGGCAUGUACGUCUGCACCUCGCGCUUCACGCCACCACCACAGCCCAUGAUCCAUCUCAAUCCUGUGCCCACCACUCAACUCGGUCUCUCGGCCGUCUACCCGACGCCUCGAGUGUCUAGCGUCAGUCUUCGAUAUCCGGUCUCGUCCAAAAAGGCGUCCGAUUCCAGCGCAGCCGACUUCGCCUCUGCGCCAUCGCUCAGUGUCCUUCUCGAAGCGCCCCUCGCAUCCCAAGGUAUCGACGCUCCUUCAUCGAGCCUCACAGGCGGAUUGCCGCCAGGCAGCGCAGGACCAUCGGCGGGUAUAGCUGGCAUCGGUGGCCCCGGCAUGGGCUUCUCGGGUCUCGGCGAGACCAUGGGCAAGCUCAAUGCCAAACCUGCGCGUCCCAAGAACAGUCUCAAAAACACCUCGAGCAACUUUGUCAACCGCAUGAUGACCCACCCGGACCUCGCCAAAAUUCUUGCCGCCCGCACCGAUGCCGAGCACUUCACUUUCCUCACCAACGCCCGCUCCUUCUUCUGGCUAGCGGACACGAAUGGCAGGACAAAGGAGAGUUUGGCUCGUAUCACCUUCGGCGCCUCCCCAUCUGCCCAUGAUGUCAACCAGUUCACGCGCUCGCACGACCGUCUCGACAUUGUCAUCGGCUUCGUCACUGGCGAUUUGGUCUGGCUCGAUCCAAUUGCCUCGAAAUACUCGCGCAUCAACAAAGGUGGGUGCAUUACGAGCUCGGCCGUCACGCAGGUGCGCUGGCUACCCGGAAGCGAGAACCUCUUCAUGGCAGCACAUGCAGAUGGAAGCAUUCUUGUGUACGAUCGCGAGCGCGAGGAUUCGAGCGACUUUGUUGCAGCUACCUGGGAAGCUUUUGCUGGUGACACCCCGUCGUCAUCCAGCGCUGCUCUUCAGUCCGCCAUCGGCGUACCCGGCACCCCUUCCUCGGUUGCUAUGUCGGCCAGUCAGACCUCUGCAUCGAACGCGUCAACUUCCUCGAACCCAGCCGCAGGAGCGGCAUCCGGAAUCGCGCUUGGGUCUGGCAUCGCUGAGUCCCGUCCAAUGAUGGGAACUCGCACGGUAACGAGCUCGACCACCACCACUACGACGCAGACCGACGUUGGCGACACGAACUUGUCCACCAGCUCCGGCAGCGUCACGAACCUUUCGAAAAUGAGGACCGGCGUUGCUCCAGGUACGCUUUCGCAGCGACGGCAGGCGGCCGACUCCGGCUCCGGGGGGCAGCCGCUUCUCCUAGUCACAAAGCCAGGCGCCGUGCCAAUCACAUCUGGGUUGCCCUCCGGAGGCUCUUUGCACUCGCGCGAAUACCAGCAGGCAGCGGCUGCAGCUGCCGUCGCCGCUGCCAACGCGGCUUCCAAUGGCAACGGACUCUCAGGUAAAGGCAAAGAGACGUCAUGGUCGCGCCUCAACCCUGUCUCGCACUGGGCCGUUUCAAAAACGCGCAUCACCGACUUUGCCUUUUCGCCAGACUACUCGCACGUGGCCCUUGUGGCCGAAGACGGCAUCCUUCGCAUCGCUGACGUCAACUCGGAGCGUUUGCUCGACACGUUUGAAUCGUACUUUGGAGGAUUCAAUUGUGUUGUCUGGUCUCCUGAUGGCAAAUUUGUGUUGACAGGAGGCGAAGACGACCUGGUUACCGUGUGGGCUCCCCGCGAAGGACGCAUAGUUGCAAGGUGUCAGGGUCACACGUCGUUUGUCACCGGACUUGCAUGGGAUCCUUGGCGAUGGUCUUCGGACGAUCGAACCUAUCGAUUUGCGUCUGUCGGGGAGGAUUGCAAGAUGAUCCUGUGGGACUUUUCCAGUGCCGCGCUCAACCGUCCCAAGACGUAUGCCCCGCACAACGCCAGUCACCGACGAAGCUCUGUCGGUCUUGGAUCUACCUACUCGCUCGUCGACAAGCACGGGUCGUCGGCCUUUGCGCGCUCUCCAGGUUCGGUGUACACUGGUCGACGCAUGAGCACGAGCACUGGCUUGGCAUCUUCGGCGCUCGCAACCGUCACAGACGACACGAUCCGACAUCCCGCACUGCCGCGCUCCGAGGUUGCCAUCCUUCAACCUGUUGUCACCGUGGAUGUGGACGGCGAAAUUCCGGCAGGGAUUCGAUUCGGGCCGGACAAGGUCAUGAUCGUUCGCAAGAAUGCGGCCAUCGACACUUUCACACGUCCUCUGCCCAAACGGCCAACCAGCGUGGUGGCUUCGUCGUCAAUCGGUGCGGAUAGGACUUCAUUGCCAGCAGGUGCGCGAACGAAUCGGUUGCCGCUAGCAUCUCGGAGUGCACGUGCUCCUCCACCGCCUUUGAACCUUGCCGCCAGUGCGGCCAUGUCAGGUCACUCUCAGCAGUCAUCAGCGACGACGCCGACGACGCCGAGACACGCGAUUCACAACGGUGCAGCGGCAGGUGUCAAGAAUGGUAUCACAGCCUGA